CAAUGGUGGAAAAAAAAGGAAUCCCCAGAGACCGAACAUCUUGAAUCCGAUAUAAAACCAAAACCUUCUACUCUCAUACUUCCCCCUGGAUCAGAACGACAACCAUAUGGCGAAGCUGGUAUUAUCAUCUCCCGAUUUCUCUAUACGCAUCACUAUGUCGCAGUAUGUGCCGCCUUCGCAACAUUGGGCGGAGCAAUGUUCGGCUACGACCAAGGCGUCGUCUCCGUAACACUUACAAUGGACCACUUCCUUGCGCGAUUUCCUGAAGUUGGCCCCGAUGCACCCGGUGCAGGAUUCCAAAAGGGAAUCCUCACUGCCAUGAUCGAGCUGGGCGCCUUCAUUGGAGCAAUGAACCAGGGAUGGAUUGCUGACAAGAUCUCUCGCAAGUGGUCUAUCAUGACUGGAGCCAUGAGCUUCGACAUGCUCGUUGGCGCCCGCUUUGUCGGGGGUAUUGGUGUCGGCAUGCUGGCUAUGGUGGCACCGCUAUAUAUCUCUGAGAUCGCGCCGCCGGAGAUUCGCGGUACUUUGCUUGUUCUGCAGGAGCUUUCCAUUGUCACUGCUAUCGUGAUUGCCUUCUAUAUCACAUAUGCCACACGGUACAUUCCUAAUGAAUGGUCGUGGCGCCUUCCUUUCCUCAUUCAGAUGGUUCCUGCCAUAUUCCUUGGCAUCGGUAUGCCUUUCCUACCAUAUUCACCUCGAUGGCUCGCUGGCCGAGGCCGAGAUGAAGAAGCACUCCAAGUACUCUGCAAAUUACGCGGUCUCGAUACCACUGACGAGCGCGUGAUCCGAGAAUGGGUUGAGAUUCGAUCCGAGGUCGCCUAUUGCAACGAAGUGAGCAUUGUGAGACACCCAAAUUGCCAGGAUGGGAGUUACACCAGUCGUGCUAUGCUGCAUGUCUGGAGCUAUCUGGACUGUUUCCGCAAAGGGUGUUGGAAGCGUACGCAUGUCGGCAUGGGGCUGAUGUUUUUCCAACAAUUCGGCGGUGUCAACGCCCUCAUCUACUAUUCACCCAGUCUAUUCGAAGGAAUGGGUCUAAACUACUCGAUGCAACUUCACAUGUCCGGCGUCAUCAACAUCUGCCAGAUGGUAGCCUGUUUCUGGUCACUAUGGGGAAUGGAUAAAUUCGGUCGGAGACCUUUGCUCUUUGGCGGUGCUAGCUGCAUGAUCCUUGCGCAUCUCAUCAUCGCCGUCUUAAUGAGCCAAUACCAAUCCAGCUGGCCCGAGCAUUCCACGGAGGGCUGGGUUUGCGUCGCCUUCUUGUGCUUCUUCAUGCUGAGCUACGGAGCUUCUUGGGGUCCUGUCCCUUGGGCCCUCCCAGCUGAGAUCUUCCCUUCCUCGCUACGUGCUAAGGGUAUGGCGUUUUCCACAAUGUCGGUUUGGCUUAACAACUUCAUCAUCGGACUUAUUACCCCGCCGCUUGUGCAAAACACUGGGUAUGGAACUUACGUGUUCUUCUGCGCAUUCUGCGCCCUGUCAUUUGCUUGGACGUGGUUCUUCGUUCCUGAGACUAACGGAAAGACUUUGGAGGAAAUGGAUGCUGUCUUUGGGGAUAAUUCUUCGAGUGUGGAGACGGAACAGCGCGCGAGGAUUGAAGCUACAAUCUGGGCCAAUGCUGCAGCACGAUCCGAUGGACUCGAAGGCACUCAACAAAUUACUUAG